AUGGGUAAUCAAAAGAAGCCUAAACAAGCUGGAAAUGUUAUUCAGUCAAAGACUUUCACUAAAAAGAAGAUUAAAGUUGGCAAAACAUUGAAGAAGACUAAUGUUACCGACACUACCUUUACAACAAAGUCUGUGGUGAUUCUAAAACAAUUUGCUGACAACACUGCUGAGCCGGUUUCACAUCGUGGAUUGACAUUGAAGGAUUUGAACACACAGAUUGGGCAUUCUGGCUUUAAUUUCAGGAAAGAUGCUGUUUUAGGUAUGCUUCUGUUCUGUUUUGUAUUCUUUAUGUUUAGGUAUGAAACAAUUGUUGACUGAUCAUCCAGAAAUGGUGGAGGCAAACUUGUUUGACAUUAUUUCUUCUGUUGGACGGCUGUUGAUUGAUGAAGUAAGUUUACUUUAUGUUUUUUGAAGCUAUGUUAAUAUAAAUGGCUAUUUCUGGAUAGCUAGGGGCUUUAAUUUUCUGGGUUUGUAGGUUAUUGUUCAUCUCAAAUUACCUACAAGAAAGCCUUUGGAAAUUGAUUGGGAGUUUGAACUUACAGUUAUUCUACAGUACUCAUUUAUGCUAAAAUUUUUGUAUAAUUUUUGGCCAUUUUAUUUAAAAUGUUGUGUAAAAUACGCCGUCCAUUCCUAUUAAAAAUACAUUAACUUUUAGAAUUUUGCAUCAACAAACUCAGCCGCAGGCAAUCUUCGCGCUUUGUUCAAGCUAUUGUUCUCUAUACCAGAAAAGUCGAUUGCCACAUCGUUUCACAUCCUCAAAUCUCAUCUACGAAUAUCUUUAACACAUAUGAAGUUGUCAGUCAGAACGUAUGGUCUAUCGAUAUUGACAAUGGUAUUUGAAGCGUAUCCACGAUUAUGUAGAAGAUCGUUGGAUUUGAAGGAGAACUUUUUGGUUUUAAUGCAAAGUCAGAAACGACCUACGGAUCCGAAGUUGUUGGCUAUAUCAAUAUCAUUGUUUAAGAAUGUGUAUGAAACGCCGGAGGAGAAGAAAAGUGCUAUAGCGACAGAAGAAUACGACCUGAAUAUAAGUGAAGGGAAACUGGUGAAGAAAUCGACUGGUCAAGCGUUUGAUAGGCAUAGAUUUACGGUAUUUUCAGUGGAGCAAGACGUGGAGGGAGAUGGAUUGGAUAGCUCUUUCUUGGAUAAAAUUUUACAAUAA